AUGUCUCACAAGCUCACUCAUGCAUCAUCAUGUCUCAAAAUAUUCUUCACAGCCAUCAUCAUCCUGACGACCCUUCUGAUGUUUCCUCAUGCAUCCAACUCGUCUAGGAAUAAUUUAUAUGAAGAAGAACAACAACCUAAACUCCCAAAUAUUGAAGUGAACCAGCAGAAUCAUGCUUUCCUAUCGGAGCGAGGUCAAGGCUCUAGGUCCAUACAUCAUCAUCAUAACGAUAAAACUCGGGACCAUGAUGGAUCCAUAAUGGUCCACAACAAGACUCUAUCCAAAACUUGGAGAAAUUGUAACAUUGAGGGAGAAGGCUCCGAAGACUUUUUUUACUACUUACUCCAUACGAAUCCUUAUGAAGUGUUAAGGAAUCCAAAAUAUCCUCUCAUUGGAUGCGAAAGUAUUUCUGUGCCAAAUAUGGCAUAUUCAGUCGUGGAAGAACAUUGGAAAUUGGAUGCCUUUCCAAAUGCCAAGUUUUACUCGAGACAUGUGGUUGAAAAUUUGUGUGAAACGUUUAAUGUUUCUUUGGUGCCGAGUUGUAAGCAAGUGUUGUGUAAUGAUAAGGGAUCUGUGAUGACGAAUGUUCAAUUGGAAUUGAUUGAAGAUCGAUUGUUUGAUUUCUUGAACUAUUGUCAAUAUUGUUCACUGGCAAAUGGAUUUCAUGAAUAUCAUCAGUUAUUGGAAAAUCAAACCUGUAGAAAUGGCAACAGCUCCAUUCAACAAAUGAUUUCAUCCUUUCCAAAUUAUAUUCGAUAUUGUGGAUCGAUUAAUAUUGGAAUUCCAGUGAUUACCCCUUUGGCAAUGUCCUUAACUGGGUCGCAGCAACUUCCAUAUAUUUAUACAUGUUAUUGCUUUCAAUCGAAUGAAUUUGAAUUAUUUUGUGAAAAGAAGGGUGCCAUUCAUGUUAUGCAAGAAUUUAAAAGAAUUGGAAUUACAAUGAUGAGUUCAAUACUCGCCAUUGUGUCUCUCUUCUUUCUGGUCAUUCCAAAGCUAAUCAUUUGGAGAAUCAAAGCACCGAAUCAUAACUAUACCUUUCUCCAAAUUAUUCCUUCCAUAUUUGUACUCCUUUCAUUAUGUUGCAGAAUUAUUUCUCUUCAUGUCCCUCAAUUCAUGUAUCCUAUGCGGUUGGAAACGGUGUUUUCCUCAGUUGCUGAAUUUUUAAACUAUUUUAGUUUAGUACCUAUUUUAAUUUAUUGGUUUGGAGUCAUGAGAUAUUUACAAACUCUGAAACGAGCGAGUAGUUGGAAAAAGUAUCUAUUGUGCUUGUUUGUUUUGGUAUUUUGCAUUGGUCUAAGUAUUGAAUUGGGUUUUCUCGAGGCCCAAAUUCCUAGAAAUUUGACGAAUGUGGUUUGGAUUUUAUCUUCAUGGAUUGUGGAAAUGAUCAUUUUUGCAAUAUUUAGUGGUUUCUCCUUGUUCAUUUAUUUGGCACUGAAAAGAAUUUCUGAAAUUAACUCUGUUCAGACUUCGUUUGGACGAUUCUCCUUAUUUUGUGUUGGAGUCAUGAUGGUCUUUACGAAUGUUGAUUUAUGCUUACUCGUUUCUGCUUUGUGGAACGAGCGUGAAAUGUACUCCUUCUUUUCAGCAUUUGUGUUGGUCGUGUAUUUGGUUCUCGCUACUGGAAUUAUAGUUUUCGAAUUUAGUAAGGUUGACUUUGUCACCCUUUACCGAUGCAUUUUUGGUUCAAACCAAACAGACAAUAGGUCUUGGGUCAGCACUUCUUCAAGUGCGGUCAUUAACACAGAAUAUGAACAAAUUGAACGAUGA